ACGAGCUGUUUUGCCAUCGCCAUCUCCCCUCAUCACGCCCCGACAUGCUGCGGCAACAAUUGCUCCGGUCGCUAAGGAAGCCGACGAGGCUUGCCACCCUCAAUGGCAGCCGGACCUUUGCCUCCACCACCGCCAGGCCGGCCGAGGUGGAGGUUACAAUAGAUGGAAAGAAGGUGUCAAUCGAAGCCGGAUCCGCCCUGAUUCAAGCAUGCGAGAAGGCCGGAAGUACAGUCCCGCGGUACUGCUAUCACGAGAAGCUCAUGAUAGCGGGUAACUGUCGUAUGUGCUUGGUGGAGGUGGAAAGGGCCCCGAAGCCGGUGGCAUCCUGUGCUUGGCCCGUACAACCCGGAAUGGUGGUCAAGACGAACUCUCCGCUCGUCCACAAAGCCCGCGAAGGCGUCAUGGAGUUCCUCCUCGCCAACCAUCCUCUCGACUGCCCCAUCUGUGACCAAGGUGGCGAGUGCGACUUGCAGGAUCAGUCAAUGCGGUAUGGUGCGGACAGAGGGCGGUUUCACGAGAUUGGUGGAAAGCGCGCGGUUGAGGACAAGAACAUUGGGCCUUUGGUCAAGACAUCAAUGAACAGGUGUAUUCAUUGCACCCGUUGCGUUCGAUUUGCCAACGAUGUCGCAGGAGCUCCAGAACUCGGAUCCACAGGACGCGGCAACGACCUACAAAUUGGGACCUACCUGGAAACAGCCUUGGACACAGAACUUUCCGGAAACGUCAUCGAUCUAUGUCCCGUCGGUGCAUUGACCUCUAAGCCAUAUGCAUUUAAAUCCAGGCCCUGGGAACUGUACCACACCGAAUCAGUCGACGUGCUCGAUGGACUCGGAUCAAACAUUCGGAUAGACGCGCGAGGCAUCCAGGUUAUGAGGAUAUUACCGCGUCUGAAUGACGAUAUCAAUGAAGAAUGGAUCAACGACAAGACCAGGUUUGCCUGUGACGCCCUCAGCACACAAAGACUGGUCAAUCCGCUCAUCCGGGUCGAGGACAGCUUCCAGCCAGCCUCAUGGGAACAAGCUCUCGUUGAAAUAGGAAACGCGUACAAGCGGAUAUCACCGAAGGGCGAUGAGUUCAAAGUCAUUGCUGGUCAACUGGUCGAAACCGAGACCUUAGUGGCCAUGAAGGAUCUCGCCAACAAGUUAGGCUCCGAGAACUUGGCUCUGGACCAGCCCCAAGGGAGCGAGCCAGUCGCCCAUGGGAUUGAUGUCCGAUCCAAUUAUUCGUUCAACUCCAAGAUCUAUGGCGUGGAAGAGGCCGAUGCCAUCCUACUUAUUGGCACCAACCCACGCCACGAAGCCGCUGUUCUCAAUGCCCGUAUUAGGAAGCAGUGGCUGAGGUCGGAUCUAGAAAUUGGCCUUAUCGGUGAGGAUUUCGAGAGCACUUUCGAGUAUGAGAAGUUCGGAGAUACUGCUGCUAGCCUGAAGUCAGCUCUUGCAGGUGCGUUCGGCAAGAAGCUUCAAGCUGCCAAGAAACCCAUGAUCAUUCUGGGUAGCGGAGUCGUCGAGAACCCCGACGCCAAAGCUAUCUAUGAGAUCGUUGGUACCUUUAUCGACAAGCACAAGGCCAACUUCCUCACACCAGAGUGGAACGGCUACAAUGUCCUCCAACGGGCGGCUUCCCGUGCCGGUGCGUACGAAGUAGGCUUCACUGUUCCGUCCCAAACCGUCGCAGACACCAAGCCUAAGUUCAUUUGGCUGCUAGGUGCCGAUGAAGUCAAUGAAGCAGAGAUCCCUAAGGACACGUUUGUCGUCUACCAAGGCCACCACGGUGACCGAGGCGCACAAAUCGCAGACGUCGUCCUCCCCGGCGCUGCAUACACCGAGAAGUCAGUCACAUACGUCAACACCGAGGGUCGCGCACAGAUGUCUCGCAACGCCGUCUCAUUACCUGGUGCCGCGAGAGAAGACUGGAAGAUCAUCCGCGCCGCAUCAGAAUAUCUUGGCGCGCCGCUACCAUUCGACGACGUCGAGGUCCUGCGAGACCGUAUGGAGGAAAUCUCGCCCGCGCUGCGACGCUACGACGUGGUGGAGUCGACAGGUCUACCACAGCUCACUAAGGUGCAGCUCGUGGACCAGCACAAGGGCGUUAAGCCGACAAAUACGCCACUGAAGAAGGUCAUCGACAACUUCUACUUCACAGACUCCAUCUCAAGAAACUCCCCAACAAUGGCCCGCUGCUCCGCCGCCAAGGCACAAAAGAACCCCCAGACCAACUUCAUGGCCCCCGGCGAGCCGAACCCGCAAGUCGGCUACGGCCCGCCUGCUGGCCAGUUGGCUGCUGCAGCGUAAAAGGGUUACGAGAGCUGGGGUCCGCGGCUGUGUAUAAGUUUCUAGGGCGUUGCAUUACAUGUGUACAUAGGUCUCGCUUUUGUUGUUUUCCUGCUGAAGUUCUGAAAUCGUCGCCUGUGAGCAUAGAUAGUGAAUGGCAUUGGCUGG